CCGGGUCACAAACAAUCCUUUUCCGGUUUUGUAAAACAACAGUGAAACACGACGUAAACAAACCGGGAGAGUCGCGUCGUGGCGGCGGGUUUUGUUGACGGUUGUUCGCGGGACUGCUGCGCGGAGGGAUGCACCGUUAGCGCGGCUUGGCUCGGCUCGGUUCGGUUCGGGUGGCCGACUAACCGUCGGCGUUACCAUGGUGAAGUGUGUCGUCUCCGGGUGUCAGAGCCGCGUGACCUCCGUUAACCGGGGGAUCUCCAACCGGACACAGAAACGGUUCUUCUGCUUCCCGGGAGACACCGCGAGGGCCAAGGUGUGGCUGGCGGCGCUGAGGGAGACGGACAAGCAGGACUCGACCGAGCAGCACUGGAUCUGUGAGGACCACUUCCUGCCGGAGGACAUCACGUCCGCCGGCGUCAAUAGCGACGCCAUCCCCAUCAUGCCCCCCUACCUGGACGGGCCCAUGGGCCUGGUCAGCCCCUGGGGGGCCCAGUCGUCCGAGGAGGACGAUCAGUGGGCCCCCGGCGAUGACGAUGAUGAUGAUUACGAUGAAGGUGGAUUCGCUGCUCCUGUUGUAGCGGAGCCUCCACAGCAGAGGCAACCGGAGGCGCUUCGACCUUCGGUUUCACUUUCUGAGUUUCAGAAUCCAGCCGCCAGGCCGACCUCAGAAGCUGCUACGACCGACGUAAAUGUUCUUGAGAAGAAGAUCCAUAGCAAAAGGAUCGAUGUGUCGCUGUGGAUGCUGACUCAGCGUUUCCUGGAGCUGCUGCUGGCGUCUCCGGACGGCUCCGUGGACCUCCGCCACGUCACCGCCGUGCUGCAGACCCGCCGCCGCCGGGUCUAUGACAUCACCAACGUGCUGGAGGGAAUCAGCCUCAUCAAGAAGAAGUCUGCCAACAAGUUCAAGUGGAUAGGCAGCUGUCACAUCUCCAGCUUCCUGAGGACCCACCAGCAGAAGUUCCAGAGGGAGCUGGACAACCUGAAGCUGGUGGAGGACACGCUGGACUCGCUCAUCAAGACCUGCGCCCAGCAGCUCUUCGGCAUGACCGACGACGAGCAAAACGCUGAGGCGGCCUACGUGACCCACGAGGACGUCGGCCGGCUCGCUGCCUUCCAGGAGCAGACGGUGCUCGUGGUCAAAGCGCCGGAGGAAACCAAGCUGGAGGUCCCGCCCCCCAAAGAGGAUAACAUCCAGAUCCACCUGAAGGGGGGGAGGGGUCCCAUCACGGUUCUGACCUGUGACAUCGACACGUCUUCGGCAGAGACGAACCGCUGCUUCUUGACGCUGGAGGAGAGUCGCAUCGAGACCACGCCGCUGCUCCCAGCGUCCGGCAGUCCGCUGAGCGCGGUGCAGAGCGCGUAGCCACCAGACGGCCACCAGGAGGCGCCGGCCGUCCACCGAGGCUGAAUCAACCCACGGGAGCCUGAAGGCAUCGUCUGUGGGCACCAGGGGGCGCCGCCCCCACGUGGUGCCGCGUUUCAAAAUGUACAAGCAGCUGAGAACAUCGGAUCAACGAGGAUAUUUAACCGUUUAAUUUUCACCGCUGUAGAGUUUUCUUUUUACUGAAGGAGGUCAGAAGAGGAUGAAGGGACGUUUUGGUAGUUUUAUUUUUGUAUGAGAGGAGAGAAUGACCUCAUGUGUGCCUCUAUGUUUUAUAGCUUUCUUUGCUGUACAAUAUUUGACUGUCUCGGUUUCUUUCUAAAGGAGAAAUUACUGAUGCUGUAAUCAAUAAAUAAAAUGAAUCUUGGAAGAGAAUGAAGCUCAUUUUUAAGCCUUCAAAGUCCCAUUUUAACCUUCUGACAACAAAAAAACCAAACUAUCCAAUAAUUGAUGUCGAUGGUUUUGUGUCCCAGCGGCUCGAGGACAUUAUUCAACGUCCCUAAGCUUUGCUUUGCUUUGCUUCUUUAUAUGACUCUUUUUAUUGGAUGAUUGCAUGAGUGUUGUUAUGUCUUUAAGGCGUUCAUUUGUUUGUUGAUUUAUGAAAGCUGAAUGAUUGUUCACAGGAAGCAGCGUAGUUGGGUUUGUGGAGUGUAACGAGCCUUUUUGACGCCUCGACCUGCUGCUUUUAUGUAUUUAUGUUGAAUUAAAAGAUGACAAAUGGAUGCUUC